UAACAUUGGUGUUCCAGUUAGCUGGCGGCAACAUUACCCCCUCCACGAGCUCUUCGUUGCCCAACAGACUCACUCUUUCCUUCUCUCCAAAUCUGCUGAAGGACUCAAUUGGUUCCCAAAAACGAACGAAGCCCAUAACCGUAUGCACCAAUCACAAACACACAUCAAAACGCAUCGCUCUCUCCAAUCAAACCCCAACAUUUGCAAUUCCAGAGGUCCCAGCCUAGAAUCUCUCUCUCUCUUUCUCUCUCUCUCGUUCCCUCUCACUCUCUCUGUUCGUUUCUUCGGUACGUUUCUGUUUCAGAACCAUUGCUCACUUGCUUUUGGAUGUGUGAUUCUGGUUCAGUUGUCACUGUGAUCCGUAUAAGUGGAUGACUUUUGUAACCAGAUCUGCUCAAUUGGGCUCAUUUUGUUGGUGGGUUUUUGGGAUCUGAUUGUGGAGUAUUUUGUUCCUAAAGCGGAAACUUCCGGCUUCAUCUGAAUGUAAAUGGAUGCCUUUUUGGAGGCUGAGGGGUAAAGGCUCUCUACAGUGGCCAGUUGAUAGAAAUAUAUAACAAAUGGCUCCCACAAGCAAAGCUGAUAAGAAGGCGGCAGAUGCAGCCGCAUGGAUGUUCAAUGUUGUAACAUCUGUUGGGAUCAUACUUGUCAAUAAAGCUCUAAUGGCAACAUAUGGCUUCAGUUUUGCUACAACAUUAACUGGUUUGCAUUUUGCUACGACAACUUUGAUGACGGUUGUUCUAAGGUGGCUGGGAUACAUUCAACCUUCUCAUCUACCUCUCUCAGAGCUUCUGAAAUUUAUGAUCUUUGCUAACUUCUCUAUUGUUGGAAUGAACGUUAGUCUAAUGUGGAACUCAGUGGGAUUCUAUCAGAUCGCAAAGCUGAGUAUGAUCCCUGUAUCAUGUUUACUGGAAGUUGUUCUUGACAAGAUUCGUUACUCAAGAGACACAAAGUUGAGCAUAGGAGUUGUUCUCUUGGGAGUUGGUGUUUGCACUGUCACUGAUGUGAGUGUCAAUGCCAAAGGCUUCAUUGCUGCCUUUAUUGCUGUAUGGAGCACUUCGCUACAACAGUAUUAUGUGCACUUUCUUCAACGGAAAUAUUCACUUGGUUCUUUCAGUCUGUUGGGACAUACUGCUCCGGCUCAGGCUGGAUCUCUUCUGUUACUGGGCCCCUUCCUCGACUAUUGGUUGACAAGUAAGAGAGUUGAUGCCUAUGACUAUAACCUUACAUCUCUGGUGUUUAUAUUUCUUUCAUGCACAAUCGCAGUAGGCACCAAUCUCAGCCAGUUCAUCUGUAUUGGAAGAUUUACUGCUGUGUCCUUCCAAGUACUUGGACAUAUGAAGACAAUUCUUGUUUUGAUCAUGGGGUUCUUUUUCUUUGGAAAGGAGGGUCUGAAUCUGCAUGUUGUUUUGGGAAUGAUCAUAGCUGUUGUUGGGAUGAUUUGGUAUGGAAAUGCCUCAUCUAAGCCCGGUGGAAAGGAGCGCUGGAGCCACGCUCUGCCUACAAUCAGGCAGCAAAAACACACUGGUUUUCCUGAAUCUACCGAACAUGAUGGAAAAGUUUAAAUUCAUUCAGGUCAAGUAAAAAUGGCUGAUUUCAGGAAAUUCUUAAAUCAUUUGAGGCUAGAAAAAUCGACAUUUCUUCAAAUUAUUUAUCCUCAUUGUAAUUUCUAUUUGUUAUCAGGUAUUCAGUCCCUUUUGGGGAGUGGAUUCAUCAAAGAUAGGGGAAAAUUCCACAAAACUUCCAUUUUUUGUUUACAUCAUCAUAAUAGUAAUUUUUUUUUUUUU